AUGUCUAUCACUUCUCCUUCUUCUCCCUCAAGACUGAAAUGGUUAUAUACAGAAUUCGGUCUUGCAUCAGUGGUUGAAACAGGACCUGAUGCUUGGCUGAUAAUGAUUUCCAGAAGUUGUCGAAUGUUCGCCUAUGGAUCGAAUUCUGUUUUUAUAGCAUUAUUCUUUUCCGCAUUAGAAUAUUCGGAUUUCAGAAUAGGUUUAUUCAUGACAUUGACUCUUCUAGGAGACGUGUUCUUGACUUUGGGAUUGACUAUGAUAGCUGAUAAUAUAGGACGUAGGAGGACGUUAUUAUUAGGAUCAACAAUGAUGGUUUUCUCUGGAUUGAUAUUCUUUUAUUUCGAAAAUUAUUGGAUAUUAUUAUUAGCUGCUGUCGUUGGUGUUAUAAGUCCAAGUGGAAGUGAUUUCGGUCCUUUUAGAGCGAUAGAAGAAUCAAUCAUUUCUCAAUUGACAAAUCAACAUAACAGAUCAAAUGUCUUAUCUUGGUAUGUCACUUCAUCAAGUUUCGGUGCAGCUAUAGGAAUAGAAGGUACAGGCAGAUUAGUACAGCUCAUGAAAGAUAGAAAUAAUUGGCAAGAUGUCAAGACUUAUCAUUAUGUUUUUGGACUUUAUAUCAUCAUGGGUCUAGUUAAUAUCAUCUGUGUUUCACUGUUAUCAACCAAGACAGAAUUGGAAUCAGCAGUAGAAGUGAAACAAGAUGAAGAGCAAGUCCCAUUAAACAGAAUCGAGAAUGGCGAGGGAGAAGAACUUGAACAUGAAUUUGAAACGGAAGAUCAACAACGUCAAGAAGAGGUCAAGAGAAACGACGAACAAUCAACCUCAAAAACUACUUCAAACAACAACGGUAACAGUCGAUUCCAAUUAACUCAAAUAUCAUCAAGCACUCGAAGCGUAAUGUAUAAAUUAUGGCCUUUAUUAAUAGUGGAUUGUUUAGCAGAUGGAAUGGUUGGAUAUUCAUUAACAUCAUAUUAUAUGGAUACGAAAUUUCAAUUAAAAGCAUCAACAUUAGGAGAUUUCAUCUCAAUAUCAUAUUUCCUAGCAGCCAUUUCUACUAUUUUCGCUGGACCAAUAGCUAAUAGAAUUGGUUUAAUCAAUACAAUGGUUUUCACACAUAUACCUUCUUCUGCCGCUGUACUAUUAUUCCCUUUACCUUCAAGUUUAACCAUUACAAUCGUACUCUUUUUCAUUAGGACAGGUUUAAAUAAUAUGGAUCAAGCUCCAAGAGCUGCUUUUAUAGCUGCAGUCGUACCGUCUUCGGAAAGAACCGCAGUUAAUGGAAUCACAACUUUGUUGAGAACAUUAGCAUCUACCGCAGGUCCAAGUAUCACAGGUGGUUUGGCUCAACAUGAUUUGUUCUGGAUAGCUUUCACCUUGGCAGGUUCUCUUAGAUUAGCGUACGAUUUCGGACUUUGGGCUUUAUUCGUUAAUAUGAAGCUGUAUCAACAUGAAGGGGAGAGUGACGGGUAA